AUGCCGUCCUCUUCGCCUUUCUCUGCUUCAUUUUUCGAGAGCCUGUUGUACUCGCGACGAGGCACCGGAAAGAACAGGGGCACACGCUCUAUUGCACGCCGCUCCCAGGAGCUUGGAGCACAGCUGUGCGGCCGGCUGUCCCAGGUCGCGCUAGAAGUGAGCUCUGCAGCAUUCAGUCGUACCGCUACCGCUGCUGCUGAAGUCGGCGCGGGAACGCAUGCUAACGGCUCGCCUUUGGUGUCUUCAUUAUCUUCUGCCGCCUCCGCGCCGCUUUCCUUCAUGGCGGAUGUGCACCGUGACCUAUCCGCUCACUACGGCUCCCACACAGUCCGGCGCGGCCUCGCUAAGCCACUCGGCCCAUGCGUGCAUCCGGUCCUUCGCAAAGGCAAUCUUGCUACUCAGCGCGCAGGAGUUCAUAGCCCCCGGUACAUGCGGGUGUGGCUACUACGAUUGGUGCGCCGAUGCUGGUGCCCUCGCUGCGGUGUGUGGCUCAGCAGCGGCAGCGCACCCAAGCCGUCCAAGCUCAAAGCAAGCCGAACCACACUCGCCACAAUCAAGGAGUGCCGCGUGCGGCGUCAGCUUCGCCCCUCACGUCUCUCCAUCACACGCAGACGAUUCAUGCUGUGCUGCCUUCGCUGUCUCGACGCCGCCCAACGCGCGGCGAAGAGAAACGCGACGCUUCCUCGGAUCACCACGGGUGGGCAGCAGGAGAACGACAUCGCAGUCAGAAGCACCGUUGAGAGCGCUUCACUGUCUACACAGCACGCCGCACGGGAGGCGUGCGCUGCAUGGGUUGAGCAAACUUCGGCGGCUGUAUUGACCGAGGCCCGAGUGCCCCGGCGAAACCGUCGCUGCCGCAGGCGCAGCAAACGACGCCGUCGCGGCAGUACGGGAGAGGCUAGGACAGGGGUGAACGAGACCGUGCGCGCCGGCUGUGGCACCAGUGCAGCGGUGCAUCAGCAGAGCACCUUCGCAUCCCAAGUCACCCAAGGGAUCGCUCUCUCGCUGAAACGCAGUACAACGCCAUUGCCUGGCGUUGCGGGCGCUAGAAAGGCGACCAAGGCGUCAGCAGUGAAAGUGUCGACAACUGCUAGCACAGCCCACAAGAGUUUGCGGGGUUUGGUGCCAAGUGGUCCACUGAAGAAAAGCGUGCUGCGAGCCUGUGCCAAGGGGACACCUCCACCAAGCUCAAUGAACUUGCCGGCGACCGCCCCUGUCGCUUGCAGCCCCAGUGCGGCAGUCACGAAGCAUGCAGUGGUGGCUUCAUCGACCGUGCAAAUACGGCCAUCUUUGCCAUCCCAGUUCAUCGACGAUGCACAUGGGCGGCUCGCCCAUCAGCGAUUGGACGCGGAGCAAGCGAAACACCUGCAGAUGAUUCACAAAGCCACAAACAGCGGGGGUACGGCACCCACAACAACGGCCUCAGUCUCGGGCCUGUCGCCAUCACCAACCGACUCGCUGCCGUCUUCAGCGGCCCCUGCUCCACCGGUGCCCUCAGCGCCUGCGAAGGCGAUCGCAUCCACGUCGCGCACAACAGAUGUUGCAAAGAAGGCUGCCCAUCCACCUGCCAAGGCUGCAACCGUGACGAAGAAGCCGGCCGCAGCAAAGAAGAAAUUCAUGGACACCAUGAGCCAGCUCGGAUUCUGA